AUGGGGAAGAAGAACAGACGCAUCAAGAGACAGGAGGGAGACCAGGAGACCCUGAGUGGGGACUCCUCGUCGCCCCCCGGAGAACAUCGUCCGGCACAGGAGGAAGAGGCCACCCCCGAUCCGGACUCCUCCUCCCCCUCUCCGGACCCCCCCCCGCCCCGUCAGGUCUCCACCUCGUCUCGAAACAAAGAACGUCUGAGACAGGUGGUGAUCAGGUGGAUGGAGGCGAAUGAGGAGGAGGAUGACCCGGACCAAGGCCAGACCCCCCUGGACCGAGACCAGACCACCCCGGACGAAGACCAGACCGCCCCGGACCAAGGCCAAACCUCCCCGGACCAGGGCCAGACCGUCCCAGACGAAACCCAGACCGCCCCGGACCAGGGCCAGACCGCCCCGGACGAAGGCCAGACCACCCCGGACCAGGGCCAGACCGCCCCGGGCCAGGGCCAGACCACCCCGGACGAAACCCAGACCGCCCCGGACCAGGGCCAGACCGCCCCGGACCAGGGCCAGACCGCACCGGACGAAACCCAGACCGCCCCGGACCAAGACCAGACCGCCGAUGAACCUGAACCCCAACACCAGGGAGAAGGCUCAGGCCCUUUGGUGGCCUGGCUGCCUCAGACCGCAGACGGGCCCCCCAGGAAGGACCUGGCCCAGGUCGUGGGGAACCUUAAGGUCCGGGUGAAGGGGGUCAAGAAGCUGAGGGCGAAAAAAGAAACCAUGGACCCAGGCCAGACCCCCCAGGACCCAAACCAGCUCCCCAAUGUGCCUGACAGCCCCCCCACAAAGCCCCUGGCCCAGGUCAUGGGGAACCUGAGGUUCGGGCUGAAGGGCUUCAAAAAGCUGAGGGUUAAACCAGCAUCCACCUCCCGGCUUGAUGAGGAGAAGCCUUUGGGCCGACCUUCAGGCCGGAGCCCCUUGCCUGGCCAGACCGCCCCGGACCGAGGCCAGACCGCACCGGACCCAAGCCAGAUCCCAGAGGAACCUGAACCCCAACGCCAGGGAGAAGGCUCAGGCCCUUUCGUGGCCUGGCUGCAUCAGACCGCAGACGGGCCCCCCAGGAAGGACCUGGCCCAGGUAGUGGGGAACCUUAAGGUCCGGGUGAAGAGGGUCAGGAAGCUGAGGGCGGAAAGAGAAACCAUGGACCCAGGCCAGACCCCCCAGGACCCAAACCAGCUCCCCAAUGUGCCUGACAGCCCCCCCACAAAGGCCCUGGCCCAGGUCAUGGGGAACCUCAGGUUCCGGGUGAAGGGCCUCAAAAAGAAGAGGGUUCAAGCACCAACCACCUCCCGGCUCGAUGAGGAGAAGCCUUUGGGCCACCCAUCAGUCCGGAGCCCCUUCCCUGGCCAGACCGCCCCGGACCCAAGCCAGACCGCCUCGGACCCAAGCCAGAUCCCCGAGGAACCUGCAGACAGGGCCCCGACAAAGGACCUGUCGAGGAACAUGAGGGUCCGGGUGAGGGCACCAAGAAAGAAGAGGGUCAAAACUGAUACCACCGCCCUGACGGAGCAGGAGGAGGAGAAGCCUUUGGGCCGGCCUUCACGCCAGAACCCCUUUAGGCGCAUCAAGAUGGCCUGGUCCGACCCAAAGGCCGUCAUCACCACCGUCGCCCCCCCGAACACCCCUGAGCACCCGGAUCUGGUCAUCGAGGCCGAGGAGGAGGGGGAAGCCACAGCUCAGGCUGAGGGGACGGGCCUCAGGCCCCGGGUCAAUAAGUGGCUGAACCGUAGAAUGAAGGAAAUGUCCACAUUCGCGGCACGGUUCCAGUGUGGCUCGUGUGUGCACUAA